UGAGAUUUAAGCGUACAGUUCCAAAGGAAUCCUGGUUUUGAGAACAGACAUAACGAUAUAAAACAAGUGAAAAGGGCUGCUCCCCCCCCUUUCUACCUGAUUCUGCCCUGUUUUCUUUCCAUCCCUUUACUGUUCAGAACAGGCCCCGUAAUAAGAGUAGGACGAGAGGCAAGAGUCGACGAGUGAAACAUUGGAGGCAAAGUCAUUCGUUACUAUAAUCGGCCUGUACAAUAAUUCAACCACCCUCUAAGCACCUAUCAACUCCAAUCAACCAUAAACAUACACUGUCAAUCGUUUAGGGAGCCUUACCCACAUUUGCAAUAUGCGAUUCACGCUCGCUUUCGUUUCCGCCCUUCUAGGCAUCGCCAUUGCAGCUCCUCAAGGCAUCACCGACAAGCUAACUCCGACCGGCGCUGCACCAGCUGGUUGCAAGGGUAGCUUCGACGGCAAGUUUGAGAUCAGCGUCGCAGAGGUUACUGAGAAGCGAAGCAUUUCUCAGCCUCAGAAGCGUGCCGAGUGCGGCAGCGAUGGAGUUCUUGUGUUGACGUUGAAGGAUGGUUCAACGUUUGACGCCAAAGACCGAACCGGUUACAUCGCGUCCAACUACCAGUUUCAAUUCGAUGCUCCUGCCCAAGCUGGCGCCCUCUACACCAGUGGAUUUUCCCUCUGCGAGAACAACAUUGUCGCGUUGGGAGACUCUAAGACCUUCUACCGAUGUCUGUCUGGUGACUUUUAUAACCUGUACGAUCGCGACUGGGCUCCCCAGUGCUCGCCUGUCUCGAUCAUCGCCGUCCCGUGCGGUUCGGAUGACCCGGCCUCGCAGAUACCCGAUGGUCAAGUUGUCGGCACUAGCGUUGUUCUGACUACUAUCGUCACCGCCUUGCCAGACGGCCAGCCGCAGGUUGUUACGACUUCAGUCCCUGUUCCUAUCUGCCAGAUCGGCGAUGGCCAAGUGCAACAGGUUACUACGCCUUGCGCCUCGGUAACACCUAGCCCAACGAGCACGUAUGUGCCUGUGAGCGAGUACACGGAUGGCCAGGUCCAAGUCACGCCACCAGGCAGCGCUCCCGCUCCCCCGGCUACUCCGACGGCUACUCCUACACCCGCCCCAUCCGCCCCUUCGGUUCCCGUCUCGUCGGCUCCUGCACCCGGCAGCAGUGGUGGUGUACCGAGCUCUUAUACUAGCGCCAGUGCAACCGCCAGCGCCAGCAUCAGCUCUAGUGCUGGUGUUACCGUUCCGGUGAGCUCAUCAUCGACGAGUCCCAGUGCUCCUAGUGAGACUUCGGCACCGCCCCAGAGCGGAUCAUCGCGUAUCUCGGUUGGAUCUGUUGGUGCGCUGGUCUUCACCGCAAUGGUGGCCUUUUUCUACCUGUAAAUUAAACCAGUACACUCUUCGGAUAAGUUUAUCAGACAGGAUUGUAUAGCAGUAAGGGUUGCAAGUGACUUGGAUUGCUUUAGCUUGGAAAGCUUGGAACUAAUGCAUGUGUAUACCAUCAUGAGAUGGUUUAAUGUGAGAUACGAGGGAAAUGAGGAGCAACACAAUGAUAGCAACAUAGGAGUUGGGACAUAAUGUAUAAAAAAAAAACAAAAAAAACUGUAGCAUACAAAUGUAAUAUCAUGGUUCGAACUCCUUUGUCUUGGUGUCUCUGCCAGCUCUCUGCUGGAAAAGGGACUACAUAUCUAGGUGGCCCAAGUGGUAUAAGAGAAAGGAUAUAGGUGAACGAUACGAUGAAAUGUUGAUUGGGUCCGUCAACAAAACUAAAAUAUUAUAUGUUAAUCCGUGCUGUUAUUAGUUCCAUACCUUCAAAUAGGUAACGUUAAAUGAUAGAAGUGGUUGUAAGAGGU